AGCUAAAGUGGGAGGAACUAAAGUUAUCACAUAAAUUCCCCACAGGGUGGAGUCUGAGCAGUUCUUUUACUCUUUCACCCUACGAUCUGGUAUACAAGUUGCAAAGAAUUCUUGAGAGGUUCCUUGAAAGGUCCUGGAGGCUGAGAACUCCGCUGAUUCCUCACCGGUAAGCGGGAAGACACUGGCAGGCACUUUGUGCACAAAUGUUUCGAGCACCAUUUGUAAUGGAGACUUCCCCUCUUGAGCUGCCAGCUGACAGAGUACAACGCACUGCAGCUGAACUCAACUGCCACCCAGCUGAUGAGAAGGUGGCCCUCCGCCUCGAUGAGGAAGAUGGGCUAAGGCAUUUCAGGGAGUAUUUUUAUAUUCCCAAAAUGAAGGAUCUGCCUCCAAUUGAUUUAUCUUUCGUGAAUAAGGAUGAUGACGCCAUCUACUUCUUGGGACAUUCUCUUGGCCUUCAACCAAAAAUGGUUAAAACGUAUCUAGAAGAAGAAUUAGAUAAGUGGGCCAAAAUGGGAGCCUAUGGUCACGAUGUAGGAAAACGUCCUUGGAUUGUAGGAGAUGAGAGUAUUGUAGGACUUAUGAAGGACCUCGUAGGAGCCAGCGAGAAAGAAAUAGCCUUAAUGAAUGCUUUGACUGUUAACUUACAUCUCCUAUUGUUAUCAUUUUUUAAGCCUACGCCAAAACGGUAUAAAAUUCUUCUAGAAGCCAAAGCCUUCCCUUCUGAUCAUUAUGCCAUGGAGUCACAGCUUCAACUUCAUGGGCUCGAUGUUGAGAAAAGUAUGCGGAUGAUAAAGCCGAGAGAGGGGGAAGAAAUCUUAAGAAUGGAGGAUAUUCUUGAAGUCAUUGAAAAAGAAGGAGACUCAAUUGCCGUGAUCCUGUUCAGUGGGCUUCAGUUUUACACGGGACAGCUCUUUAACAUUCCCGCCAUUACAAAAGCUGGACAAGCGAAGGGUUGUUUUGUUGGAUUUGACCUAGCACAUGCAGUUGGAAAUGUUGAACUCCACUUACAUGACUGGGGUGUUGAUUUUGCCUGCUGGUGUUCCUACAAGUACUUAAACUCAGGAGCAGGAGGUCUUGGUGGUGCCUUUGUACAUGAAAAACAUGCCUAUACAGUUAAACCCGCGUUAGUAGGAUGGUUUGGUCACGAACUCAGCACUAGAUUUAAAAUGGAUAAUAAGCUGAAGUUAAUCCCUGGGGUCAGUGGAUUCCGCAUUUCCAAUCCUCCCAUUUUGCUGGUCUGUUCCUUGCAUGCUAGUUUGGAGAUCUUUCAACAAGCGACAAUAAAAGCAUUGAGGAAAAAAUCCAUUUUGUUAACUGGUUAUCUGGAAUACUUGAUCAAGUUGUACUGUAGCAGACAGAAAGCAGAAAAAAGGGGACCAGCGGUGAACAUAAUCACACCUCCAAACAUAGAGGAGCGGGGAUGCCAGUUAACACUAGCAUUUUCUAGAACCCAAAAAGACGUUUUUGAAGAACUACACAAAAGAGGAGUCGUUUGUGACAAGAGAGAACCCCAUGGCAUUCGAGUGGCUCCAGUUCCCCUCUACAAUUCUUUUCAUGAUGUUUAUAAGUUUGUGAAUCUGCUUACUUCUGUACUUGAUUCUGAAGAAAUAAAAGAUUAGCAAUGUUUUGUUAGAAUAAUUUAAGCAAAUGUUGCAAAAAUUUAUAAUAGCACUAUUACUCUUCUCAUCUUAAUUAUUAAAGAAUAUUUCAAAAUUUAUUAAAGGUAACUGGUAACAAAUCAUAUACAUUACAGAAAAAUCUGAUUUUCCCAAAUGUCUAUAGUUCUGAGGAAUGCACGUGGCUACCCACUUUCUUGGUGUUUAGCAAAUGCAUUGGGUUUUCAUUCUCUAGCUAUCACAUUUCAUGGGCUUUGACAUGUUUUUUGUUGGUUUAAUUAAUAAUCUAGCUUCAAAAUGUACGUGGAAUUCUUCAGUCAAUAAUGGAAAUAUUACUUAAUUUUAAUUUACCAAGUUUUUUUUUAAAGAACUGUGAUUGAACAGUCUGUUUUAUGUAUGAUUUUAUAAUGUUCCAAUCAAUUUGAGGAAAACACAUGUUCUAUGACAGUGGCUUUCUAAUGUUCUUUUGGCCACAAUGUACACUAAAACACAUUAAAUAUCAGAGACCAUUAUUGGUAAGGGGACACACAUUAUUUAGUGGUUCUAAUACAUUUUUGUCACAUUUUAGCAUCUCUGAAAGGUGACCGAGUAUUUACAUUUUCAAUAAUUAAUUUCUUUUAACUACCAUUAUCCCUUUUUCUGCAUUACUAUCUUUCACAAUAAAUCAGUGACAUCUCAGAUUUGAUUAAAAAAUAGUAUGUGUAGGAAAAAA